AUGAGUGGCACCAAGGAUGACAGCCGCUGUCAGAAGGCGAUCCGCAUUGUCACCGAGCUGUGCCAGAAGAAAAGCCUGCCUAGCUUGGACCUGGACACUUGCAGGGAAUUCCUCCUGCUGCCUUCCGACCAGAGCCUGAUCAUCUCCGAGCCAGAGCUCUCCGUCAGCCUCCUCGCAGUGAUAGUGAUUGUGUGUGGACUGGCCCUGGUGGCAGCUUUUCUGUUUCUCUUUUGGAAGCUGUGCUGGGUUCCCUGGAGGAACAAGGCUGUCCCCUCUGCCCUGGCCGUCCUGCAGAGCGAGGCGGGCUGCCACAAGGGGAGCAUGGCGGACAAGCUCAAGGACACGAGUGCCAUCGGCUUCCUGGAGGCAGCGGUGAAGAUCAGCCACACGUCGCCAGACAUCCCCGCAGAGGUCCAGAUGUCCAUGAAGGAGCACAUCAUGCGGCGCACGCGGAUCCAGCGGCAAACAACAGAGCCCGCGUCUUCCACCAGGCACAUCUCCUUCAAAAGGCACCUCCCUCGGCAGAUGCACGUGUCCAGCAUGGACUACGGCAUGGACCCGCCGGCUGUGGCUGAGCAGCCGACCAGCAUCGGUCGCAUUAAGCCUGAACUCUACAAGCAAAAAUCUGUUGACUCUGAGGACCCCAAAAAAGAGGCAGCAAAAACCUGUGGGAAAAUCAACUUCACCCUCAAGUACGACUACGAGACCGAGACGCUGAGUGUCCGCAUCCUCAGGGCCUUCGACCUGCCAGCCAAAGACUUCUGCGGCAGCUCCGACCCCUACGUGAAGAUCUACCUCCUGCCUGACAGAAAGCGCAAGUUCCAGACGCGAGUGCACAGGAAGACUCUGAAUCCCACCUUCGAUGAGUCCUUCCACUUCCCUGUGCCCCACGAGGAGCUGGUGAGCAGGAAGCUCCACCUGAGUGUCUUUGACUUCGACAGGUUCUCCAGGCACGACAUGAUAGGAGAAGUUAUCCUGGAGAACCUGUUUGAGGCCUCAGACCUUUCCCGGGAGACUUCCAUCUGGAAGGACAUCCAGUACGCGACAACGGAAAGCGUGGACCUGGGAGAGAUCAUGUUUUCCCUGUGUUAUUUGCCAACUGCAGGUCGCCUCACCUUAACAGUCAUUAAAUGCAGGAAUCUCAAAGCUAUGGAUAUCACUGGGUACUCAGAUCCAUACGUCAAAGUGUCUUUGCUCUGUGAUGGGCGAAGACUGAAAAAGAAGAAAACCACCAUCAAGAAAAACACACUUAAUCCAACUUACAAUGAAGCAAUAAUCUUUGACAUUCCCCCAGAGAACAUGGAUCAAGUCAGUCUGCUCAUCUCUGUCAUGGAUUACGAUCGAGUGGGUCACAACGAGAUCAUUGGGGUUUGCCGUGUGGGGGUCAAUGCCGAAGGGCUGGGCAGAGACCACUGGAAUGAGAUGCUGGCGUACCCACGCAAGCCCAUUGCGCACUGGCAUCCAUUAGUGGAGGUGAAGAAGUCUUUCAAAGAG